AUGGGUCAAAAAAAAAAGAAAAAAAUCACAUUAAAAUUGUUAAAAGACAAUGGGGAAUCAUCAAAUGUUCUGGAAAAUUACACAGGAGUGGGAACUGUAUUAUUUUAUACUAACAAAAAUUUGAAGAUCUCAGAGAAGUAUUAUGGAAAUAUCUUUCAAGGAAAAAGACAUGGAUAUGGAGAGUACAACUAUCAGAAUGGAGAUUUUUAUCAAGGAGCGUAUGAACACGGUAUGAAAAACGGAAUAGGAACUUAUUUUUACAACACUGAUAUCAAAAAGAGAAGAACCACAGGAAAAGUUGCGAAGGGAAGGGACUAUGAAAAAAGUGAUGACGAGAAAAGUGAAGAGGACCAGAGUGAAGAAGACAAAAGUGAAGAAGACAAAAGUGAAGAAAACCAAAGUGAAAAAAACCAAAGUGAAGAAAAUCAAAGUGAAGAGGACAAAAGUGAAGAGGAAAAAAGUGAAGAGGACCAAAGUGAAGAGGACCAAAGUGAAGAGGACCAAAGUGAAGAGGACCAAAGUGAAGAGGACAAAAGUGAAGAGGACCAAAGUGAAGAGACAACUGAGAAUCAUAACCGUAAGUAUGGCUAUGAACAUAUCAAGAAGGAAGAUGGAGCGUCUUGUAAAAAAAAAAUAAUUUCAAAAAAGUUACUAAAUCUUAUGGAAAAAUGGAGUAAAACAAAAAUAAAAAAAAAAUCAAUUAUUCCCCCCAAAGAGGAAGGGAGCUUCUACUACGGAAACUAUUUCAACGGACUUAAACAUAGCGACGGAAUGAUGAUAUAUAGAAAUGGGGAUUUGUAUGUUGGGGGUUGGAAGUUUGGGAAGAAGAAUGGAUGGGGAAGGUACACAUACAAAAAAUGCAAAAGCGUUUUGGAGGGACAUUGGGAAGAUGGAUAUAUAAUUCAUGGAAAAUGGAUAUUGCCAAAUGGUAUGUACUUUGUGGGAAACUUUAAAAAUAAUAAACCAUAUGGAGAUGGCAUUUGGGCUUUUAAGGAUAAAACACAAUUAAAUGUUUUUUAUUAUGAUGUUAAACAAAAAAUUAAAAAAAGUCCCAAAAAAAUGAUUGGACAAGGAGAUCCAAAUAUUUUACUGAAUUAUAAGCCAUUGUGUAUUACAUUGACCAGAUAA